AGUUCCGUGAAGUCAUAACUGUUUUAGACGCAAACAGCUGGUUUUUCUUUUCAUUUUUUAUUCGCCAUAAAAGUCGUUUAGUCUAUUCUUUCGACAAAACCGUAUUCUUCUCGUUUUAUGAGUUAGUAGGUGAGCUAACUAACGAGUUACUUUAAUCGUGCGGAGUAAGUGGCCCUGUAAUAGCUAUUAGCUAGCAGCUACUGUAGCUUAGAAACUUUGACAGUUAGGGAGCUAACAGCACGCUAACUUUAUUUAUUUAUUUAUUUUUUAUUAGUAAACCUGUCUAGUAUGAGCUGCUCUUGGUGAAGUUCUUCAUUCAUAUUCGAGGGUCAGAAAGGUGGGCCGCUUGCUUUUCCAUUUAGACUAGUUCAUUGAAGGAGUGUCCGCUUUGAAGCUCCAUGCCAAAUGGCCAAGAAGACGUAUGAUUUGCUGUUUAAACUCCUGCUUAUUGGAGAUUCAGGAGUUGGCAAAACAUGUGUGUUGUUUCGCUUUUCGGAUGACGCGUUCAACACCACGUUUAUCUCAACCAUCGGAAUAGAUUUCAAGAUCAAGACAGUUGAACUAAACGGCAAGAGGAUCAAACUUCAGAUAUGGGAUACAGCUGGACAGGAGCGUUUUCACACCAUCACAACCUCUUAUUACAGAGGAGCCAUGGGGAUCCUGCUGGUGUACGACAUUACCAACGCUAAAAGCUUCGAGAAUAUCAGCAAAUGGUUGCGAAACAUCGAGGAGCAUGCAAAUGAGGAUGUGGAAAAAAUGCUGCUUGGUAACAAAUGUGAUAUGGAAGACGUGCGUGUGGUAUCCAAAGCAAAGGGAGAACAGAUUGCCUCAGAACACAACAUCCGCUUCUUUGAAACGAGCGCAAAAGCAAACAUCAACAUUGAAAAGGCUUUCCUGACACUCGCUGAGGACAUUUUGCAUAAGACCCCUGGAAAGGAGCCGACCAAUGAAAACGUUGACGUGAACAACAGAAGUGGCUCUUCAGGAGGGGUCAGGUGCUGCAGUUGAACAACAGUUUCACUGCUUUGCUUCCAAAAAGCCUCACACCAUUUACAAUGCACAAGAUUGAUCUCUUACAACUCUGUUAAAUGCCCAUUAUGCUGGAUAAGACCUUUACCUCUCACUGUACUUUAGCUAUUGUACCCAUGUAAAAAAAAA